GGGACAGGCGAGGAGCCGGCAGGAUGAAGGACUAGGCGAGCGCGCAGGAGGGAACCCGGAAGUGGCGCGUCGCAGAUCCGGGCCGCCGAUGGAAAGCAACCCCCCUGAUGGCACAGGCCCCAUGCAUGUGCCAUUUGGGCACAUUGUGGCCAGUGAGAAAUGGCGCGGGUCGCAGCUGGCACAGGGAAUGCAAGGGAAAAUUAAACUCGUUUUUGAGGAUGGCCUGACACCGGUAGAUUUUUACUUGUCUAGCAGAUCCUGCAUUGUUUAUAUCACCGAAGCUGAUCUGGUGGCAGGAAAUGGCUACAGAAAGAGACUUGUUCGGAUUAGAAAUUCCGGUAAACUUCAAGGGAUUGUAGUAGUUGAGAAAACGCAGAUGAGUGAACAGUACUUUCCAGCCGUACAGAAGUUUGUCGUGCUGGAUCUUGGGAUGGUGUUGCUUCCAGUGGCCAACCAGGUGGAAGCGUCCUGCCUCAUUAUCCAGUUAGUUCAAGAGCAAACCAAAGAGCCCAGUAAGAACCCUCUUCUCAGGAAGAAACGGGCUCUGAUCUCUGAGCCGGCCCUCCUUCGAACUGUGCAACAGAUCCCAGGAGUUGGGAAAGUUAAAGCUCUCCUCCUGCUUCGGAGGUUUCCGAGUAUCCAACAACUAAGUAACGCUUCCCUCCAAGAACUGGAGCCAGUGGUUGGACAAGCAGUGGCCCAGCACAUUCAUGUGUUCUUCACCCAGUCAAGGUGACAGCUCUUCUCAGGGCAUCUCCUUUGCACCACGAACCGCAGGAUCUUGUUUUCUUUUCAUAUUAAGAAAAGAUCUCAUCUCAACAGCAACUAGCGUAUGAUGAGGGGAGGCCUGAAUGGAACCUGCCAGUUGUCCUGCCCUGCUCUCUGGGCUCAGGCACUUACUUCAGAUAGUGAGUCCCAGACGGCACUGCCUUCAUCCUACUAGCAUGAAGAGGGCUGGUGGACACCUUCCUAAGGGAGUCGGUUUAAACAGGGACUCAGAUUCAGCAAAAAGCCAGCUUGGGCAGAUUUUAAUGUGUGACCUUGACCUGUAUGUAUCAUGGAAGGUGGUGGAUGUGACCACCUAAAGGAAACAAAGCUACAAUGAAUGAAGCACUGUGUACCAUAAGCCCCUUGUUCCUGCUGGUGGAGCCACGGCUCUUCAGGUCUGGUCUUAACACACCUGUGCUUUGAGGGUGGCUGCCAGUGUAAACAAUUGUGCUGCCUUCCUUCCCUUCCUCCCCCCCCCUUCCUUUCCUGGUAGCUGCACAGUUUGUUUAUAAUUACUGAGCACAUCUUCUGAACACAGAAAGCCUGGAGUCUGGAGUUCCCAUUUUAAGAUAAGCCAACGUGUGAGGGAGGGGGAGAAUGUGUUUGUAAAUGUAUAGCCCCACACCGGGAAGAGAUGGGGAAAUGGCAGGGGCAGCUGCAUCCACAGUGGAGAGCCCGGGGCUGGGGAUCAAAAUGUGCAAUUGCUCAUUCAAAAAAUAAAUACAAUUAAAAUUAAAGAGGCCAUAUGUUUUCAGGGAUACUAAGAUAACUUGAAAGUGAGAGUCCUAUUUUGUGAAAUGUUAGUAAUUUUUAAAAAAUCAAGUACAAUAAAAACAUUUUGUGCAUUAGGGUAAAAAUGAUUUGAAAGAGGAGGGAAUUAAAGUGAACUCAAAGUGGAAACCAUUAACUCAGGCACA